CUGUGGCGGAAAGAUCAAAAUUAUCCUUUAAUUUAAAUACUCGACGAAAAAUUAAUAUACAAAGAUGUUUAUCAUCUUGUGAAGAAUUUGAUUCUAUGCAAAGUAUUAUCGUAGUAAAUACCUGGACUGAUAAAAUCGAUUAUGAAUUUACCACCGAUUCUAAGGCUUUUGCUUUAGGUGAUAGAAUACCUAUACAUAUGACCUUAAUACCUUUAGAAAAAAAUUUAUCGAUCGUUCGAUUUAAUUGUAAAUUAAUGGAAUAUAUUACUUAUCAAAUUGGAACUCAAGUUAAAGAAGAAAAUCGAAUGAUUCGUCAAUAUCAUGACAUGAAAAUUGAUUUCAAUCAAAUUUGGGAUAAAACUUUUGAAAUUAUUUUACCUGAUACAAUUUCUUUAUGUCGUUAUGAUUCUCAAAGCAAAAUUAUCAAAAUACAACAUAAAUUGAAAUUUAGUGUCAUAUUUAAUAAUAGUGGUAAUGAGAAAGAUAAGAAUAAUUUAGAAAUAAAAGCCGACCUGCCAAUUAUAAUCACUCCAGUUUCUUCUAAUAGUGAUCAUUCUUUUCUUGAAAUUAUUAAUCCAAAAUCAUUAUUUGAUGAAUCAAAAUUGAAUUCUUUACCUUCUUAUCGAAGCAUAGCUUCUUCUAUACCUGCUCCUCUUGCGGAUUCAUCAUUGCCCCCUAUUUAUAGUGACCAAGUUUCAUGA